AUGGACGCCCAGCUCAGCGUAGAGAAUAUCGCAGAGGAGCGCGCAUUCGUCAAGCGAUAUGCGGAUGGUCUGGGGAAUCGGUCGGUCGAGUAUGGGGCGGACUACACGGCACCGCUCAGCGACCGGCCCAGGAAGGUCACGGUCAUCGGGACCGACAUUGCGGACCCGCCAGAGUCGAUGGAGCAGCUGACGCCCCAAGCUCGUCCUGGUCAAAUCAAUCUCAUCGUCAAAUCCCUCAAACCAUCCCUUACAUUCCCCAUCACCGCCUCGCUUACCGACCCCAUCUCGACACUCAAAUCCCUAGUGGCUGCAUCCUCGCCAUCCGCGCCUUCUGUCGACUCGCAGAGGUUACUGCUGAAGGGGAAAGCACUGGCGGAUAACAAGCUAUUGAAGGAGUACGAUAUCGCUGAGGGGUCUACGGUCCACCUCGUCCUCAAGCCUACCUCGGUUCCUAUCCCCGCUCCUGCUGCCGCGGAGUCCACCGGAAACAUGUCUACCAAUCCCAUCGUCGCUCCUACCGCUCUCCCCGCCGGCGCCGGAUCGACCAACCCCCCACCCCUCGAAGCCGGCGCGUCCAUCCAACACGGGUCCGGUCUCAACUCGUCCUCAUCCUCCUCCUCCAUCCCCCGACCGGCAGGACACGGCCACACCCGCGUCCCCUCGUUGACGAUCACAACGGACGUGGACGCCCGGCCCGGAUCCCCCGGAUCCCCACUCAUCGUGACGGACGCCCCGCCCCUCGGCCCCCAAGCCCAAGUAUCGUCCGCGGCGUUCCACCAGACAGUGUCGAACCCGCUGUUCUGGCAGAAGAUCCACGCGAUCUGCGUGAGCGAGUUUGUGUACGAGGACGAUGCGGACUCGGCGUGGGAGGGGUUCUUGGUCAGUAUGAAGGGGCGGCUGAGUGCGGGAGAGGCUGCAUUGAUCAGAGAUGUCUGCGGGGUGAAUGGUGAGUACAACCACCAGAUUCUUCCUGGCACUUUCUGUAGGGGAAUGGAGAUUCUGCCGUGGAAGCGGAGACGAGGCGGUGACAUGCGGAGUUGGCACUGGGGAGUGGCUUUUGAAUGGCGCUUGUCAUCCCCACUUGACUGA